CGGGUCACUUGUGGUGGAACUUUCGAUUUUACAAGGUCAGCGAUGGAUGGUCUUCCUCGGAUUCCUUCUGUCAGUUUAUGUUUAAAGAAAUCAGAAUUCGUUCCUGAAUUACAGCCACUUAAAAGGUACAUAGAAGUACAAUAUCAGCAAUCUUCCAGCACUUAUGAGAAGGAAUUCAACGAAUUUAUUAGCCUACGUAAAGUAUAAUGGAGUUUAAUAAUUUUUUGUCAUUGCAUUAGUCUGCUUGUGAACCUUCUAUUGAUUACACGGGUUUGUCCCAGCUAAAGCGUUACUAUGCUCAACUGCAAUUACUGAAAGGCAGAUUUCAUUUUACAGCGGAACAAUGUACAGACAUAACAUGGAAAUGGCAGGAUGCUUUCUCAAACAGUUACUCUGAGUCUUCUGAUGUUCGGUUUGAGGAAGCUUCUGUAAUGUAUAACAUUGCAGCACUACAUUCUAUUCUUGGUGUCAAAGAAAAGCGUGCGGACGCAGAUAGUAUGAAAGUAGCUUGUACUCACUUUCAGUGCGCUUCAUGGGCUUUAAAUACACUGGUUGAGCGUCAUUUACCCUUACCAGGUGCACCUGAUUUAAACAGCGAUCUCAUGUUGGCUUUUGCAUCCAUUAUGCUAGCACAAGCACAGGAGUGUGUUGUAGAAAAGUCCAUACUGGAUUGCCGACCGGCUAAUGUGAAUGCUAAGUUAUCUCAAUACAUAAUGGAUGUCUAUGAAAAUGUUGGUGUUCAACUCCUAUCCUUCGAGUCAAGUGAUGAAAUAUUACUUCCGAAGUUUUGCAAGGAAUGGCGUCGUCGAUGUCAAAUGAAAACUAGUUUUUAUUCAGCUCUUAUGGCUUAUUAUGCUGGUAUAAAUGAAGAAGAGAAUAAAUCAUAUGGCAAGGCUAUAGCUUGGUUUCAACUUGCUGGUAAACGUAUCGAAGAUUGUGAAUCUGUGGCAAAAAAUUUCAAAGAUUCUGAGAAUUUAUCAAUGCUGGUUUCAAGUGGCAGUUUUCGUGCUAGUGCUACAUACGCCGGUGAAAUAAUUCGUAAAAAAUUGACAAGUGCUACAAGGGACAAUGAUUUUGUCUAUCAUGAAUCAGUACCGAAGAUUGAAUUACUUGAACAGAUUAAAGGUGUCUGCAUUGUAAAAGGUGUCCCAUUCGAUCAUAAUGAUCCUGAGGUUAGAGGUCGGGAUAUUUUUCAUCGGCUAAUACCAAUGGAUGUCUUGGAAUCAGCUUCAAUUUACAGUGAAAUGAAGGCAUCACUUCUGCGUAGUUUAACCGGUGAAGUUGAAUCAAAGGAGAUUGAAUUAGAUGAAUUUUUAUCCACGCUUUACUUGGAUCCGGCGAAAAUGUUGGCGACUGAUCCACCUGUGCCUCAAUCACUAUUUGAUCUGUUCGCUCGUAUGGAAGCUUUAGAAAGAGAUCCUAGUCGGGAGCUGUCAAAACAGUUGAAAAAUCUUGUAAGUAUCAGUGUUGAUUCUGAUAGCGAAAUUGAAAAUUUAUCUACUAAAAUUAAUGACGCCGAUGAAUGUCUCAGUGCAUUACUUGCUGCUAAAAGCAGUGAAAAAAUGAAAAACUUCAAUAUUAUUUUAAAAAAUAUUAAAGAACGCUUUCAAUCAUUACGUGAAGCUAGUCAACAAGCAAAACAAUCGAAUGGUCAAUUGAGAGAGUUUAUCAGUCAACAGAUAAAAUCCUUCGAUGAUACACUAACCUUAUCAUGGGAUGAUUUUAAUAAGAGUUUACCGUCGACAAAUGAUCUAACUAGUGACGAUACAUUUACAAAUACUGUUAAUGAAUCAAAGCGUAUAUUUGGUAAAGUUAAUGAAAUGCGUCAACAACGACAUGAUUUAAUUCGACAGUUAAGAACUGCACUACAUGAAGAUGAUGUCAGCAGUGAGUUAAUUAUUUCAUCAGAUGAAAGUAAAAAGGAUAUAAACGAAUGGUUUACAAAUCGUCUGAAAACAAAACAUGACAGCCUUGUUAAUAUUAUUAAACAGAAUUUAAUUGCACAAGGUAAUAUUCAAUCGGCGUUAAUUGAUUUAAAUGCUGAAUUUGCACCGAAAUGGGAGAAAAUAAAUGAAAUGCGAACAAAACGAUCGGAAUUAUUCAAUCGUAUACUGUCAGCUGGUGAAGCAUUUGAUGGUAUCCUGUUAAAAGCUAAACAAGGCAUUACAUUUUACACUGAAUUAAUUGAUCAAUUAAAACAAAUUGAUAAAGAGACGGACCAGUUGAUUGAUGACUUCAACAAACAGUUACGUUCAACAAUAUCUGAAUUAUCCAAGCCUUUACCAAAUAUGUCGACUGGUUCAUUGCCUCGUCUCCCAUCUGUAUCAGUUCCUUCAUUUCCAACUCUUGGUGAUUAUAUGCAAGCAAUGCGUUCCUCAGGUGUUCAACCACAAUCUAAUAUGUAUACAGCGUCAAUGAGAUGGCCUACAUCAUCUAUGCAGCCUAUGACACAACAGCCACAACACCCACAAUCACAUCAACCUCAACAGCCAAACUUUCCUACAAACUCCACUCCAUCUUUCACGUCAACUACAAUCCAAACAAAUCAGUCUGUAGGCGAUAAUUCUGUAUUACAUCGUCAAGCCCAGUCACAAGACACCUAUUUCAAACAGCCGAUUGUCAGUCAACCUUUCUCUUAUCAACCUACUUCUCAGUCCCAACCGCCUUAUAGAGUACCAAUGCCAAAUAUGCCAAUGUACAAUCCACAACAGAAUGUGAUUGGUGGUAAUUUUCAGCCGUCUUCUAUUCCCAAUUCUGUUUCACCUUAUACUCAACAUUUCCCGACACCAUCUACCACACUUCCAACAACUGUUCGUCAUCCUACAGCGGUAACAAGUGGUUUUCCUCAAAGUACAAAUGUAAUGCGACCUAAUCAUCAACAAAUGCUUAUUUCCACUCCACAGACUGUCAACAUGCCUCCUGUUCAGCCAACCAAUCCAUCCGGUGCAGUUGACCCACGAUUUGCUUUGAAUAAUACACGAACUCCUGUACCACCAUCUACUAUGCCGUAUAUGCCUACCACUGGUCAGUUUACACCAUUUACUAAUACUGUUCAAGGAACAUUUCGUCCAGGUAAUCCUCAGAUUGCAUCGAAUUAUCCUCCUGCUGCGAAUAGUCAUCAAAUCCCUCCGCAACCUGUUUGGUCAGGUCAACCAACAUAUAAUCCAGUUCACCAGAGUCAGGGAUAUCACCAAGGCUAUCCACAAACACUCCCCAUACAACAACAACAACCCAGAGGAGGAGGAGGAGGAGUUACAAACAUGCAACAACCUCCUCCCCUUCCUGCAGUUACAUCAACCUAUCCACAACCUGUAUCUCAUAUGAACAAUUACCCACCGAGUACGGGGAAUAUUGUGCAUGGACCACAAUUGUAUCAAGCACAUCCUAAUCAGAAUCAGUAUUUAUAUCCAGUGUCACAGCCACAACCGAAUAAUUUGCGACCACAAUCUCUAUCCUCAAUGAUGAGUGUACCUCAAAGUUAUCAGAAUUCUAAUUUCUCUGGUGUCCAUCACAAUAAUAAUAAUGGUAUCUCAACGGUAGGACAAACCUCAGAUAAACCUUUAGCAUUCGAUCAACGCUCAGUUCUGGAUAGUAGUAAUGAUGUUUGCACAUCAUCUAACACGAAAUCACUUUCUCCUCUUGAACCUCAAGUUUUAACUAAGGCUGACUUGGAUGCUAAACGUAGAGAAGAACGAUUGCGUGAAGCGUAUUCAUCAAACUCGAAUUCUCAGACAACAUCCAUUUCUUCAUCAUCAUCGAAUCUAGAUGCAUCAUCGAAAACCACGAAUUUAGAAAUAUCAAAAGUCGAUAAUAAUUCAUGCUCAAAUUCAAUGAAGCCAGAUUCAGUUAAUAAUGAUUCAGUGAAAUCUACCGUAUGCCUUAAUACUUCUGAUCAAUCAAUUUCUCAGGCUAAUAAAUUUCCUCCUCCAGAACUUUUAUCUGAUCCACUUGUAUUGAAUCGAUUCAUUGCUUCUGCUGAACUUCUACUAACUUGGCUUGAAAAUCCAAAUGAAAUCAUCUCUAAUCUAGACAAUGAUCAAUCAACAACAAUGUUAACAACUCAACAAACCAAUCGUAUGACCAGGUUAAAUAAAGCCUGGCAUAAAGUACAACUGCUAGCCAAUGACUUUUCAACAUCUGUCUAUUUUAACGGGAAACGUCCAACUCAAGCAGCUGCUCUAUGUUGUCCAUCAAAAAAUCGUAGUCAAGAUUUUGUCCCCUAUGAUGUGAAUCGUGUUGUCUUGUCAUCCUUGAAAAAUGAUUAUAUCAAUGCAAGUUAUAUUGAUUUCCAAAAUAACCUGGGUGAAUGGUGUCCAAGGUAUAUUAUUGCACAGGCUCCAUUGCCUAAAACUGUUAUUGAUUUCUGGACCAUGAUACUUGAACAAGGCUGUGAAGUUGUUGUGAUGUUGGCGCCACCUUCAGCAAGGAUGACGGCAAAUAGAACUGAUAGUCCAUUCUAUGCGUCAUCAUCAUCAUCGACAGCAAUGUUGCAGUCGAAUAGUGAAGGUGGUUUCGGUGAUGAAAAUGAUCCAUUACGUGUACCAGCGCAUUUACCAAUGAAUAAAAUCGGUGCCAGACUGUCACUGCCCGGUAGUAGUCUGGAGAUUCGAUUACAAGCAAUGAAAGAGUCGUAUGUAAAGAGUUCCGGUAGUAGUAAUACCAAUGAAGCGCCUGUGGAUAACGGUUCUCCUAAUCGUCUGCCCAGUUCUACACAAUCCCAAACACAACAACAUUCGUGGACUGAAAGAAUUUUAACAGUACAAAAUUUAGAAACAAAAAUUACCCGUAGUCUAGUGCAUUUAUCAUAUCAUUAUCAGUUUCCUUUAACUGUCCCCUCAGAGAAGAAUUCAUCUUCUGAAAGUGACAGUGUUGUACAACUAGUCGACUUUAUUAAUCAUGUUCACAAUUAUUAUAAACAACAGAGAAAUCUACUCAGACCGAUAGCUGUUGUCUGUGAAUAUGGAGCUGGAUUAAGCGGUAUAUUUGUCACUGCAUCAGUUGGUAUUCUACAUGCAGAAAUGUUAGGUCGUAUGGCUGACGUAUUCACUAUCGCUGGUUAUCUAUGCCAACAACGUCGUGGGGUGUUAAACAACUCAUCACAGUUGUAUGCUGCUGCUCGAUUAAUUGGUUAUUCAGCGAUGGAGACAGCAGCGAGAAAAGAUGUUGUCAUUGGGCCAAGACGUCGGCCGUCGAUGAGAUCAGAAAAUCAGAAUAAAGCGAAUACAACAACAACAGUGACAACGACUUCACAUCAAUCUCAUUCCAACACUAGUUCAAAUCCUUUGGAUAGUUUAUUUUCUAAUCAAUCCUUACGCUUAGAUGAUUUGAUAUCUGUUGUUGAUAAAUGGUCAGGAGUCAGUGGUAGUAAAAUUGAUUCACUUCAGUCGAAUGUAGAAGAUAAAGAAGAUGCGUCUUCGAAUACUCAUUGUGAUCAGUCUACAUCAAAAACGCUAUUGACAAGUGAUGCUGAGAACUUGACCAAUAGAUCAGAUAUUCUUAAUGGAAAUCAUACAUUAUCGAAUGGAGUUAACGAAAUGUCUACUGUUCAUUCAUCCCUGUCAGAGUCAUCAUCAGCAUCAUCUAAACAAGCUUCGAAUUUGAAGACGGAUAGUAGUAUACCCGAUCAUUUAGUUGAUUUGAAUAGUUUAACCAAGAAUUCUUUACCUAAUCAUAAACGUUUUACUCGUCAAGAUUUUGAAGCCUCAACAACAUCAUCAUCUCAGGUGCAUGAUCGAUUGUUGACAACAGAAACAAAUGAUCCAUUUUACAAAUUAGAUCCAUUACGCAAUACAAAUGAGUGUGGUGGUAUCGCCUAG